CUUUUUUCCCUAUAGAUUCUUCCAAUAUGCCUGCCAGCGUUCUCACUUCAGCAGCGGGCGUCAUUGCGCUCUUGGACGAGACCCAGCCGCAGCUGCAGGCAUUCGCGCUUGGCAAGCUCAACGGCUUGGUGGACACGUUCUGGGCUGAAAUUUCAGAGUCGGUCCGCCGCAUCGAGGAGCUGUACGAGGACGAGGCGUUCCACAACCGCCAGCUGGCCGCGCUGGUCGCCUCGAAGGUCUACUACCACCUCGGAUCGUUUGGCGACGCACUCGAGUUUGCACUGGGCGCCGGCGAGCUCUUCAACGUGAAUGAAAACUCAGAGUUUGUUCACACGAUUGUGUCCAAGUGCAUCGACCGCUACAUUGCCCUGCGCAACCCCGAUGCUGCGCAAGACGUGCUUACCAGCGCGGGCGUGGAGCAAGCGGCUGCCGCGGGCGGCGACAUUGACGCGCGUCUGGUCGCCCUGGUCGAUCGCAUGUUUGAGCGCUGCCUGACCCACGGCUCUUACCGCCAGGCCAUCGGCAUUGCCCUCGAGUCGCGACGCAUUGACAUUUUCCAGCGCGCCAUUGCCGAGGCCUCAGACACCUCGGCCGUGCUUGGAUACUGCAUGAACAUUAGCAACACGCUCAUCACCUCGCGCGCCUUCCGCGACUCUGUGCUCGCAGUGCUCGUCGACCAGUACAUGUGCCUGCCGGAGCCCGAUCUCAUCAACGUGUGCCAGUGCCUCAUCUUCCUCAACAACCCCGAGCGUGUCGCCCAAACGCUGCGCGAUCUGCUCGAGGGCCGUCUCUGCGGCGCUGCCGGUGCCGAGCGCGGCGUUCUGGUUGCUUACCAGAUUGCGUUCGAUGUCUUUGAGAGCGCCACGCAACAGUUUGUGCAUCGCGUCGUCGCACACUUGCUCCAGCUCUCGGGCGUGGCCAUUCCAGAGCCCACCGCCGCUGACGCCGCUCCCGAGCCCACUCUCGAAAAGGACUCUCCCAUCGCGCGUCUCUACGCUAUUCUGACUGGCGAAGUCUCCCUCGGCCUCGAGCUGGAAUUCUUGCUUCGCAACAACCAUUCCGACCUGUUGAUUUUGAAAAACACAAAGCUGGCCACUCAACGCAACUCUAUUUGCCACGGCGGCACGGUGAUUGCAAACGCUCUCAUGCAUGCUGGCACGGGCAUUGACACGUUCUUGCGGCAGGAUCUCGCAUGGGUUCGUCGCGCUGCUCACUGGGCCAAGUUCAACGUGACGGCCAGCCUCGGUGUUGUUCACAAGGGUCACAUCAAGGAGAGCUUCAACAUCCUCUCGCCAUACUUGCCAAAAGGAGGCAGCGAGUCUGGCGCGGGCCCGUUCGCAGAGGGCGGCGGUCUGUUUGCGCUCGGCCUGAUUCACGCCAACCACGGCAAAAAGGCCAUUCCGUUCUUGGUGGAGCAGCUCAAGAACGCCACCCACUCGCGAACAGACGAAGGCUACUGCGAGGGCGACAUUGUGCGCCACGGCGGCAGCCUCGGUCUGGGCUUGGCGGCGAUGGGCACUGCUACGCCCGAGCUGUUUGGUGAACUGCGUGCCGUGCUCAACACGGACUCUGCGGUAGCUGGCGAGGCUGCCGGUAUUGGCAUGGGUCUUAUUAUGCUCGGUACUGGCCACUCGGAGUGCCUGGACGAGAUGCUGCGCUACGCCCACGACACGGCCCACGAAAAGAUCAUCCGCGGUCUUGCCAUCGGCAUGGCGCUCAUGCUGUACGAGCGCGAGGAGCUCGCCGAUGCGCACAUCGAGCUGAUGGCUGCAGACAAGGAUCCCGUCCUGCGCUACGGCGCCAUGUUGGCCGUCUCCCUCGCCUACGCCGGCACUGGCAACAACAAGGCCAUCAACCGCCUGCUGCAUGUUGCCGUCAGCGACGUUUCGGACGAUGUGCGCCGCGCUGCCGUCAUCGGCCUGGGCUUUGUGCUCUUCCGCGACUCCAAGCAAGUCCCCGGCGUUGUGUCGCUGCUGUCCGAGUCGUACAACCCCCACGUUCGGUACGGUGCUGCGCUUGCUCUCGGCGUUUCGUGUGCCGCCACUGGCUCUGCCGAUGCCAUCGAGCUGCUCGAGCCGCUGUCGAACGAUCCCGUCGACUUUGUGCGACAGGGUGCCAUGAUUGCUCUCGCCAUGGUCUUGAUCCAGCAGAGCGAUGCGCAGACGCCCAAGGCAGCCAGCACCCGCAAGCUGUUUGAGAAGGUGAUUGGCGAGCGUCACGAAGACGUCAUGGCCAAGUUUGGCGCCGUGCUUGCCCAAGGUCUGAUUGAGGCUGGUGGCCGCAAUGUGACCAUCUCGCUCCAGUCGCGCAUCGGACACACUCGCACCUCAUCGGUGGUCGGUCUCCUUCUCUUCACCCAGCAUUGGUUCUGGCACUCCAUGACACACUUUAUCAGCCUCGCCUUCACCCCGACAACGCUGAUUGCCCUCAACAAGAACCUCAAGAUGCCGCAAGUCAAGUUCCACAGCGCUGCCAAGCCCUCGCAGUUCGCCUAUCCUCCCGCCCUCGUGCCACCAAAGGUCGAGACGAAGGAGAAGGUGACCACGGCCGUCCUUUCCUACACCAAGGCCAAGAGCACCAAGCGCAAGGCCGACAAGGCCGCUGCCAUUGCCCGAGGCGAGGCCGUGUCCAUGGACACGAGCGUACCCGGCUCUCCCUUGCAAUCGGCGCCAUCUUCUCCUGGUGCUGAAGAGAAGAGUUUGGAGUCCGCCCUGGCCGAGAAAGCUGCAGAAAAGAAGGAGGAUGUCAAGGAGGUCGAGCCUGACUUUGAGCUCCUCACCAAUCCUGCGCGCAUUGUUCCCGACCAAGUCCAUGUCACCUCUUUGCGAGACGAGCGAUAUCGCACUGUCCUGAAGUCGGCUUUGGUCGGCGGCAUCGUCAUUGUCGAGGAUAACACGCCCGAGUUGCCAGAAGAGUUGAUUGAGAUUGCCAUUCCCACACCAAAGGUGUCUGCUGCAAACACAGUUGGUGACGAGGCGGAUGAGCCAGAGCCCCCGCAACCGUUCGAGUACACCCUGUAAAGCGAGAGGGUGUUUGACCAUUUCGUUCGCGCGUUAGACCAAGGCUCUUGUUUCGCACGCUGUUCACUGUGAAUUUGUAUACGUUGUGUGCAAUGUUAUUUUGUGCAGUACAAUGCGUUUUUGUUG